AUGUAUCUCUGUUCGGAAAUGAAGAGGUUAUACACCUCUUUUCAGGAGAUGAUCACCUCUCGGAAAGGGGCACUCAGGAGAAAUGGUAGAGGGGGCUCAAAACGCCCGUUGGUGAUUAUCCCAGUCACGCUACCAGGUCUCACGCCAGAAGAGUAUGCUCCCUCUUCAUCAGUCCAAUCUUUCGCUUCCAUUGCUAACAUCACUUUCAGGAUUCUGGUCCUCCGUGAGAAGGCCGCAGCCACCAGACUAGGAAUCCACGCCGACUCACCACCAUCAAUACCGACCUACUCUGUGUCUGCUCCGAGUUCAUCCUCCAACUCCAGCACUCCCAACCCCAACGUCACAGGCGUCCUGCCACCGUCGCCUCCUCCCAUCAUCACCAACCUCCACACCUCGGGCCCUGGCCGUUCCUCCUCCAGAGCUGGGUCAUCGAUGCGCAGCUCCUCCGCCCGCUCAGGCACCAUCUCCCGUUCCGAAUCGAUGGCCAGAAUUCCCUACCCUAGCAACCUCCGCCACUACGCCAGCUCAGAACAGGUGAAGCCGAUGCCGAUUCCUUCCGGUGGUGGUCUCCCAGCUCAGAGCAAUCACUCUCUCCUGUUGUUGGGUGAUUUGGAUGACGAUGUCAUCUUGCCUCUGGAACUUGACUCACAUUCACGACCGGGUAGCAGAAGCAGGGGGCACGUCAACAACAAUGUCGAUCCUGUCGGCAUGUUCCCGCUUGACCUGGACUUUGAGCACCUCGAGAGGGAGUUUGAGCUUGGCAGCCCGAUCAGCCCGUUGAGUCCGCCGAGCAAGAAGAAUACGCCGAGGGGGAGUCCGAAGGGGAGUGUGAGUGAGAGGGGAGCGAUCAGGAUCUAG